AUGGAUUACAUCACCAAAGAUCUUCAAAAACCGGUACCAUGGACAAUUUUAUAUGCAGAUGAUGUAGUUUUAGUGGAAGAAUCAUUGCCAGAACUUCAAAAAACCCUAGAAGCAUGGCGAGAGGGAUUGGAAAGCAGAGUAAGCCGACAAAAAACCGAAUACAUGCUUUGCAAUUUCUCUAAUAUCAAUGCAAAUAUCCAGUCACCACCUACAAUAGACGGCAGACCUUUGAACCAAGUUGACAGUUUCAAAUAUCUAGGCUCCGUUAUAAACACGAGAGCAAAUACCGAAGAUGUUAUUCAAAGCAGAAUCAACACAGGAUGGCUCAAAUGGAGGUCCCUUACUGGUGUUCUUUGUGAUGCGAAACUGCCAAUUAAAGUGAAAGGCACCGUGUACAAAAGAGCUGUACGGUCAGCACUGCUAUAUGGGUCCGAAUGCUGGGGAAUGAGGAAGAGUGACGAACAGAAAAUACAUGUUACUGAAAUGAAGAUGUUGCGCUGGGCUGGGGGCAUUACAAGAUUGGACAAAAUUCGGAAUGAGUUCAUUCGAGGCUCUUUUAAACUUGCGGAAGUACAGCAUAAGAUGCAGGAGAGCCGAUUACGCUGGUACGGGCAUGUAAUGCGUAGAGACAAAAGCCACAUGACGCAGCGAGUAAUGGCUAUAGAUGAAGGCAAAAGAGGUAGAGGUCGCCCACUUACCACCUGGACUAGAACCGUUUUCAAUGACAUGAAAACUCUGGGCCUAACACCAGAAAUGACACAAGACCGUAUUAAAUGGCGGACAAGUAUCAAGAGGGCCGACCCCAAAUAG